ACCGUCAUUCUUGGAUGGAAUGCAUUUAGAUGACUAUAAUGAAAAAUUGCAUCUUGCGUUUGAAUUUCAGGGUCUUCAGUACUAUCAUCACAAUAGUUUUUAUCACCAGAGAAGUGAAAAUUUAAAUUUACAAAAGAUACACGAUCAGAAGAAGCGGGAAAUCUGCAAGAAUCAAGGAAUAUGCCUCAUUGAAAUUCCCUAUACAGCUGAUCUCCUAUUCUAUAUCAAACAUACUCUAAUUGAGAAAGGGUUUUUGAGUGAAACGAAGUCUAAUCCCCUCCCUCAAUCAGUCAAUUUUGGUGAACUGAAUUCGCUGAAAUUUUACUAA